AUUUACUUUAUCAAACACAGUUUCAUAGUCUUUAUACGUCAAAAUAUAGAAGAAAAAGUUCUUUCCAGCGGAGACAUUCUUCGCGGGUUCCUUCAAAGUGCAAGCCUUCACCACAACGAUUUCUUCCAGGGAAAUUAGGAUGUGCUUGGAGGGUGCAAACGUGACCGAUUCACUAAGCGGGGGUUCGCAUACUUGCAACAACGUGCUCGGAUUCUCAAACACAGAGGAGAAAUACUUGGGAUGGAAAACAAAUGUUCCCGGGCACACAUUUAUCAUAUAGAUAGGAAUUUACUUUUCUUGACGACCGUGAGCACAAAGUUUGAUGGAGAAGCUUCCAUAUUAACGCGAGUGUAAGAUGGUAUCCAGUGAGCCGUCUCAGGCAGUGGAAGACGACUACUUCGCGAAUAAUAUGAAGGAGAUGAUUGGAGGCUGCUGCGUUUGCUCAGAUGAGAGAGGCUGGGCUGAAAAUCCACUGGUUUACUGUGACGGGCAUGGUUGUAAUGUCGCUGUUCAUCAAGCAUGCUAUGGUAUUGUCCAAGUCCCUACUGGCCCCUGGUUUUGUAGAAAAUGUGAAUCCCAGGAGCGGGCAGCUCGAGUGAUUAAGGGGUGGAAGGGAAGAAAGCCCAGUCAGCAGGCCCUUGAUGGAGGAGGACGAGCCAGCACCCAACACAAAGCUGAGGAAGACGAGAGACUGGCCAAAAGUUUAAAAACUAUGAAUACUUGGAGGUGUGAACUGUGUCCCCACAAAGAUGGUGCUCUCAAGAGGACAGACAAUGGAGGAUGGGCCCACGUCGUGUGCGCGUUGUACAUCCCCGAGGUGGAGUUUGCCAACGUGUCCACCAUGGAGCCCAUCGUUCUGCAGUCUGUUCCGCACGAGCGCUACAACAAGACGUGCUACAUCUGUGAAGAGCAAGGCCGCGAGAGCAAAGCAGCCUCUGGAGCCUGCAUGACUUGCAACAAACAUGGCUGCAGGCAGGCCUUCCAUGUCACGUGUGCUCAGUUUGCUGGGCUGCUGUGUGAAGAACAAGGCUCGGACGCAGACAAUGUGAAGUACUGCGGGUACUGCAAGUACCAUUACAGCAAACUGAGAAGGAGCAAAGGCCGCGGUAGUAGGGCUCAAAGCUUAAGCGAUUCUUCCUCUCACUCUUUGGAUAAACAUCAUGACAAGGAUAAGAAGAAACACAAAGACAGGGACAGACACAAGCCAAAGCACAGAAAGGCUUCGGAGCCCUCCUCUGCGCUUGUCCCUCCGUUGAUGGUCACCUCUGAGAAGACCUACAGCAGCAGCAGCAGCAGCGUAACGGCAACGCUCAGCUCACAAAAGCGUCUGGACGAUGGCGCGGGACGCUUCACCAACGCCAACUUCCAGGAGGUACCACCCCACCCUGGGGCCGGCACCAAGGACGGGGGGCCGACGGACGGCAAGGGGCUUGAGGGCAAGAGCAAGAGGGUGGGAAGCCAUGGCUCUGGUCAACGGGGGCGCAAGUCAACACCCGGAAAACCCGCUCUCUCCGUGGUGGCGUCAACAGCACCGUCCAUCACGGUCUCCUCGUCUUCCUCCUCCUCCUCCUCCUCCAGCAGUCCCUUCCAGCAAGGCCUUCUUUUGGGAAGCAGCGCGAAGCCGUCCUCGGGUGGCUCUGUUAAUCAGCCCACGCAGGACUUCCAGAGCUUCUCGGAGCCCAGCUUGCGCAAUGACCCUCUGUUCGGACGCGGGCUCCCCAAGUUGGGCGGGGAGGGCGGAUCCACGGAGGGCGUGGUCACUCUGAGCACUUUCGGGUCCUUGAUGUCCCUGGCGCCCAGCUCCGCUUCGCCGGGCACCAAGCACUUCGAGAACUCUCACCUGGCGGGCGAGCUGGGCGGCCUGGCCCCGGUGGCGUACAAGCGGCCCCAGGCCUCCGGCGCGGAGGAGGCCUCCAAGGGGAAGAAGCGUCGCUGCAACUGGAGGAACCGGUACGGGCCGUGCCGGCCCCGAGAGCUCCCGGAGCUGCCGGGCCACCCCGCCCCGACCCCCUCGUCCUCCCCGUCCUCCUGCAUGAGCCUGAUGCCCGGCCGAGCCAACCCCGCCAACGGCAGCGGCAGCAGCACCGGGAUCCAGAAAUCCCCGUCUCUCCUCAGGAAUGGCAGUCUGCAGAGCCUCAGCGUCAGCUCCUCCCCUCUUGGACCAGGUGCAUUCCCCAGCAGUGACCCGCUGGUGCCAUUGAUGAGCUCAGUGAGUGGCCCGAGCGUCCCUCUGUCCAGCACAGAGAUGCCUCAGCAGCUGCCCGCCGUCCCGUCUCUGCCCAGCACCCCCUUGUUGCCCCCCCUGCCCCACUCGAUGCCUGCGGGCCCCCACAAUAGCACUGCCUGCACCUACUCCAAUGCAUUGCCCGGGUCCUCCUUCAACCUGGCCCCCUCCCACAUGUUCGGGAACCGCCUGAACCCCAACUCCGCCAUGGCCGCUAUGAUCGCCCAUUCGGAGAGCGCUUCCACAGAUCAGGAGCUGGGAGACAAUGCGCACGGCUUCCCUGGAAGGGGCGCUUCACCAAAGGCGAGCCUCUCCCCUCGCUCCCCGGUUAGCGGCCUGCAGAUCCGGUAUGACCCGCCCGGCCCGCCUGGCCCGCUCCUCCCCAGCUCGGGCGUGGGCGACGGCGGCUCGCUGCCCCCGGUGGCCACCAGCAUCGAGCAGCUGCUCGAGAGGCAGUGGAACGAGGGCCAGCAGUUCCUCCUCCAGCAGGGGACGCAAGGAGACGUCCUCAGCAUGCUGAAGUCUCUGCACCAGCUGCAGGUGGAGAACCAGCGCCUGGAGGAGCAGAUAAAGAACCUGACCAUGAAGAAAGAGCGUCUGCAGCUGCUCAGUGACCAGCUCUCUGUGCCUUUUCCCCCUGCUAGCAGUGUGGCCACUGCGUCCUCACCAGAGCUGCACCCCUCCAACACGCCCACAGAUGGACUGAAUAGCAGCAAGAGCUUUCACCUGGGAAGCAGUUUUCUACCAGAUUCCUCUUUAAACUUAACCACUCAGGACACCUCCUGCGGCCACAGCAGCAGCAGCUCCUCCCUCUCCACCCCUCCCUCGGUGGCCCACAGCCCCCCCCAGCCCGGCCAGCAGCAGGUGAAUGGCCUGGGAAUGGCGGGCGGAGCCAUGCAACCCACGGCGGCCGGGGGGGCCACCACCGCGACCCUCCCGGGCAUGGCCGGGGUCACGGGGCUGAUGGGUGCCCUCCAAGGGGGCCCGCUGGCCAUGAGCGGCAUCGUGGGGGCCCUGAACGGCGUCAUCCAGACCCCACCCGGCCUGGCGCAGAACAGCAGCCCCCUUUCUCACCCAGCCGCGGUGCCCAACGCGUCCCUGUCCAUUCCCAGCAGCCUUAAUAACAGCAGCACAACAUCUGCAAAGACCAGUGUGGCGCGUCUGGGGCUGCUCUCGGAGCAGCAGCAGCGGCAGAUCCUCCUGCAUCAGCACCAGCUCCAGCAGCUCUUCACCUCGCCGCAGCCCACGCCGGAGCAGCAGCAGCAGGCCCUGCUCUACCAGCUCAUGCAGCAGCAGCACCAGCAGCAGCACGACCUGCAGCAGCUGCAGCAGUUCUCCUCCUCGCAGCUCCCCAUCAACAGCCUGCUGCCGGCCGCGCAGGGCGCCAUCGCGUCCAACCCCUUCCUGGCCAUGCACGCGGACGCCGCCGCCGCCGCGCAGAAGAACAUGCGGCUGGCGGAGAAGGCGGGGUCGGUGGGGGGCCAGGAGAAGAGCUGACUGAAACGGGACCGCCCCUUUUAAGGAUCGCACUUCCUCCCCCAACCCUCUCAGGGGCCAACCAUCUCAGAACAAAGAGCAGCACACUGCGCUAGGCAGACACUCACAAAAACGUCUUAUGUUGCACUAACUGUAAAUUAAAAUUGCUUCCAUAAACGUAAACAAUUCAGGGACUUCACAUUUCUAAAGAGGAAAACUCUUUGAGUGAGCAUGUGUGUAUGUAUGUGUACAGUACAUGCAUACACACACACACACACACACACACACACACAUACAUAUAUAAAUGCUCACAUGAACAGCGCUGUGGAAGAAAGUGCACUGGGAACCUGGUGACUGGCUUUGAGGGAGUGAGGGAGUAACUUCAGUCCGCUCUGCUUCUAGAACCUGCCGGUUUUAAUCGCUGUGGGCAUUAAGUUGCUUCAGGCAAAAUAAAGCAGUGGCCAAAAUGAAUACAGUUGACCACAGCCAGUGCAUCUCGCAGGCAUGUUCCACAAAUGCAUUUGCCCCAAAUUUCUGCUGGUCUCCCUCCAGCCAAGGCUCAGCCCAAAGUUCCCGUGCACGCAGUGCAUUUCUUUAUUUGAGUCCCACUUUACUAUCCUAGGACCAACGAACGAGUCCCCAGCCCAAGUGCCUGUUGUGUCCGUGGCCAGUGAGGCUCAGGAUAAUGCAGUGCACUCCUCUUCCCGAGCUCUGUCCCUUCACUUCGCCGGCCAGAGAUCAGUACUCAUGCGUUCACAUCGAUAUCUGUAACUCAGGCAACGUGAUCAAAAGCAAACGGGUGGGAAAGCUCCGUCUCUGAAAACCACGCUGAGAAGCUCUUCGAUCUUCAGUAUUGUGCUGCAUCCGAGAAACUGAAGCCAACUGUACAUAAUUCCUUUUUUAUUUAUUUGCAUUUUUGUUCAACGGGCAGAAGAUAAUAUAUUUGAAGUGCCCAAUUCUUUUGUGCAUAAUAUUGUUACUGUACAAAGUGUUCUGAAAGUCAAGCUUAGAUGACCUUGUAUUUUAUUGUAUACAUUUUAAAUGACAAAAUAUAUUUGCUGGAUUUGAAGGCUAAAACUACUUGACAAUUGAAAUUGGUGUCUUGCUUUUGUAAAUGCCCUGUGUCUCCUGAGUGUACAGAAUGAAGGCCGUAGUCCAGGACCUUCACGGGUUUGAGUAGUGCAGCUUUAUUGUUUGUGUAAAUGUGAUUCUCCUCGAUGGUGUCAGUUCUUAAUGCAGCCUCAAGUUUGUGUUCAAAUUUUUUAUCUCCGAAAUUCUCAACAGAAUAUUAAUUUAUUUUUAUAUAUGCAGGGAUGUUUCAGGAGUCUUGCACCUUUUUCUUGAUACAAAAACAUGCAUAUUUUGUACUUCUGAGCAAGAUUUAUGUUUGUCAUUCUUUAGGCGUAUAUAUGAAUCUCUUAAGGCAUUGUAUUUCAUAGUAACACCAAAAUGCUUUUGAAGGGAGAAUCCAAGUGAACACACAAACAUCAUGAUGUACAUUGUUUGUAGCAAGAACCCUCAAUUCUGAUAAUGUAAAAUAUUGUGUAAAAUUAAAACAUUUUUACAGUACAACAAAAGUGCUUUAUGGAUUAAGAAUUCCUUCAGUCUCUAGCUCCAAAAUGAUCAUAGUACGAUAAAAUCAGAUGUGUGAUCAGGUACUUCCCUGGUAUAACCAAACAGAAUGUAUUCCUAAAUAUUGACCAAAAAUAAUUUUGUGCAGUCGGGUAAUAAAUAAGAGUUUAAAUGCA